AUGGUGGAGCUGUGGGAGCUGUGGAGGGCGUUGCCGAGCUGGCCGGAUCGGAUGGUGCCGGCACAGCAGUUGACUCCGUGGGCGCAACGGGUUCCGGAGUCGGUGUCGACGCCGGCGGAACAGGAGGAGCAGGAGAAGGAGGAGCAGGAGGAGCAGGAGAAGGAGGAGCAGUUCGGGCGACGGCGAGCUGUGCCGCCCAUUUUCAACCCGGAUGGCGGCUACCUGAUGAAGUUUGGAAACGGCGGGACUGGUGCCGGGCAAUUCGAUCGGCCAGCCGGUGUCUGCGUCAACUCGUUGGACCAGAUCAUCGUCGCUGACAAGGAUAAUCACCGGAUUCAGGUCUUCGCCAACGAUGGCACAUUCGCGUUCAUGUUCGGCGAGAGGGGCCGUCCGACAUCGAUGUUCAACUACCCCUGGGGCGUGGCCGUCGAUUCGAAGGACCAGAUUGCCGUCUCGGAUACGCGCAAUCAUCGCGUGCAGAUUUUCUCACCGACCGGACAAUACCUCUACAAAUGCGGCUUCGACACGGCCUACUUCUACAAGCACCUCGAUUCGCCGCGCGGCGUCUGCUUCAUGCCGGACGGGCGGCUUCUCAUCAGCGAUUUCAACAACCAUCGCCUGGUCAUGAUGACUGACAGCCAGCACGCCGAGGCGGCCAUGAAAUGCUUCGGUGGUGAAGGGGACGUGUCUGGCAUGUUCUGCCGUCCGCAAGGCCUGACUCUGGAUCACGAAGGCAACUUGCUUGUCUGCGAUUCACGCAACAACCGCAUCCAAGUGUUCGAGCUGCACGAGAUGAAGACGAUCGCGGUCAUCGGCAGCAAGUCAAGCAUCGAUGGCUCGCGCACUAGGGGCCAUUCGCAAAUCGUGCUCUCCUCCCCAUCCGGCCACCGAUCUGACGUCCUUUUCGCAUCAACCCCACGCGCCGAACGUGGCCUCCGGACCGAGAAUCCGUUCUCCAACGUCGUGCUGAGCCCCAUCAUGCUCGACAGUUUGCGCAUCUCGGAGUCCGCACUCUCCCAGUGGACGAUCAUGCCCGGCCAUCUGCUUCCCCCGCCCACCUUCCAUCUGGCAAAGAACGACAACGGCGACGAUGGGCACGACGAAUGGACGCUGCAACAGAAGAUCCCCAUCCCGCCCAACGUCCGUGGCCGGUGCAACUUUAUUGGGCGCAUUCUUGGCCCUCGCGGGAUCUCCGUGCGCCAGAUGGAGGCCGAGACGGGCUGUUCGAUCGUGAUCCGUGGCCAGGGAUCUAUCAAGGACCCGGAUCGCGCGGCCCGUCUCCACGGUGUCGUUGGCUGGGAGCAUCUCGACGAACCGCUCCACUGCCUCAUCACUGCCAGCGCCGCCGACAAGUCACAGGCUCGCCGAAAGUUGGACGGAGCCGUGUCCGCCGUGCUGAACCUCCUCAACAACACGAACAACGACCACAAGAAGCAGCAGCUGGUCCAGCUAGCCAUCAUCAACGGCACCUACCGCCCGGAUGAGCCGACGCCGACCACGGAA